CAAAACAUUAAAAAGUACGGCAAAGAUGCUCUCCUCUUUUCCAGCGGCAUUGAAUUCAACUUCGGCUAUUUCGAAUCCUUCUUCAACACAAGCCCCCGCUGCCGAUUACUUCCACUUCAACGAUCAGGAAAGAAGUUGCCAGUUCUCCAGCUCGUUUUCCAUCCGCGCCAUUUUGUCUUCUUCGCCCACCUCUCCAUCAAUGCAGUCACUUCCUUCUUCCAUUUCUUAUCGCCAGUUGCUGCUCGCGGGGGAUUCUGGCCCCUUUGAUUAUUCGGCUCAAUUUCCUCACUAUCAUUGCUGUCAUAACGGAGCAUGCGCUGUCAAUUGGCAAUCAGACAUGGAAUCAACCAUCAAACGAGGUGAUGACAAGAAAGAUAAGCGAAAACCCAACAAGAGAUCCCGAACGAUUUUCACGCCUGCGCAGCUGGAGCGAUUGGAGAACACUUUCUCUAGGCAGCAGUACGUGGCAGGAGAAGAACGCCGUAAUCUUGCUACUGCGCUUCAGCUGACCGAGACUCACGUCAAAGUUUGGUUCCAAAACAGGAGGAUCAGGUUUAGAAGACAGGCCAACCAACAGUCAGACGUAGCAGAAACUACAAAGGACUAACGACUAAAAAACUUUACUGAUCGCACCUAUACUAGUGGAAGUAGUUCACCAGUCAAACUUUUAGUAUAUGUUUUUCAU